ACAAACUCCUAGAAAAUAUAUCACAUAACCCUAAUUCUAUUCUCAAUUCAAACUUACAUCCACUCUCUCAGCUCAAACCUCCACAUUCACAAACACUCUUCGUCGCUGCCAUCGCCGUCGCCGUUGCUGCAGUCGCCUCCAUCCUUGCCUCCGUCGCUGCCGCUGCAGUCUUCUCAGCCGCUGCUGCAGUCGCCUGCUCCCUCUCGCCGGUCAGAAACAGGGUAGUAAAAACGAGGAUGAGCGGCGGCGGCUGCUUAAAAGGUAUAUUGGCAGCAGCAGUAACAACAGGAGUUGCAGAGGCAAGAGCCAGGAUAUUUGGGCACAUAUUGAACCCAACAGGCCUGAAAUCUCCUCACAAAAUUUUACGCAAGAAGCUUAUUGGUGAGAAAGUCGCGCAAUGGUACCCUCAUGAUAUCAAGAGAGACGACCCACUUGUCAUGGCUCGCCAAGAGCAAGAGCGUUUAUCCAAGCUUGAAAUGUUGAAACGCCGUGGAAAGGGACCACCCAAGAAGGGCCAAGGAAAGGGAGCAAUGAAGCGUAACAAAGGGAAAUGAUCUGUAACUUUUUUCUUCUUUUUCUCCUUUUGUUUUCUUGCUCAUCCUUACUUCAAAUCUACUCUCAAGCAGUUCUUUUCGGUAGCAAGUUAGUAAGGAGUCGGCAUCUGGAACAACUUUGGCAUUUUAUAGUUUUAUAGCGUUGUCCUUUUUUCUGUUUAAUUAUUAGGAAAAGUUCUUAAUUUCUUUGUCUAACUUGAGAUGUGCAACUAUUGUGUGGCCAUGCAUGUUGCAGCAGUUCCAUCAAAAGGAAAAUGAGAGAACACUAGGCCACUUCUAAUGUGGAUUACAAAUGCAAAAAACUAUGUAUUUGUAGUAGUUGCAGAUGACAAUAUACUCACAAUUUGUUAUUGUGAGUACAAGGGAUUGGCAGGCAUAGGAUAAAACCAGUAAUAAUAAUUGAAUGCCAUUAGGUUGUGCUUCUGGCAUGCAAUGCAGUUGGGUA